ACGCUCCGCCCUCGCGGUGGCCACGGUCCUGCUCUGCAGCCUACCAGGUAGUUUCACCCUUGAAGUACUUCAAACCAAACUGAGGGCAUUGCAGUAUGACGCGAACCAGUGGCCGACUUUCAACAGCACGCCAGCUGCGCCAACUAAGGUCAAGAUUACAAUUCAUGUGAAUAGUUUCGGAGCGCCGCAAGCAUCUACAAUGGACUACGAGCUAGACAUCUACCUGCGCCAGGAGUGGCAGGACGAACGCCUCAGCUCACCUGGUGACCAGAACGACAUGCUGAUCGUCAGCAGGAAGCACGUGAUCGAUCAGCUCUGGACGCCCGACCUCUAUUUCCUGAAUCUGAAGGAUGCGAAGUACCACGAGGUCACAAUGCCGAAUGUGUUGAUGAGGAUUUACCGAGAUGGUUCGGUCUUCUACAGCAUUCGGUUAAAACUAUCAUUGUCAUGUCAGAUGAAGCUCGAGGACUAUCCUUUGGAUACACAGCAGUGCGGUAUUCAACUUGCCACGUAUGCUCAUCCGACGUCUGCUUUGGAAUUUGAAUGGUCCCGUAAAUCCGGCUGUGAUGGAAUAUGCUACGGCAAUUUGGAGAUCCCUCAGUUCCACCUCGGCGGCGUGCAAGAUCUAAACAAAAUCACCCUGAAAUACGAUACUGGCAAUUUCAGCGCCUUGUCGGCUUCGUUUACGCUCGACCGUGAAAACGGCUACCACAUUCUGCAAACAUACGUCCCCACCAUGCUCAUGGUGUGCAUGUCGUGGGUGUCUUUCUGGCUGGAGCAGACAGCCACACCGGCCAGAGUAACCCUGGGAGUGACGACCUUGCUGACCCUGACCUCUCUGGCGGCGGGUGUUCGGAGCGAGUUGCCACCAGUCUCCUACCUCAAGGCCAUCGACGUCUGGAUCGGCACAUGCAUGAUCUUCGUGUUCGGCGCACUGCUGGAGUUCGUGCUGGUGCACUAUUUGGCUAAGAAGCGCAAGUUCCAGGGCGAUCGCCGCAAGAGCGUCAAGGAGAUGUUCUUCUCGAAGGAGGAGGGCGGACCAGCCGAGCCACAGGGGCCCAGCAGCAAGAAGCAGACGCACAUCAUGCAGGCCAAAGUGGUGGAUCGGGUGUGCCGGGUGGUCAUGCCGCUUGCCUUCCUCACCUUCAACAUCAUCUACUGGAGCGUGUAUGGCCUGGGCUAGAUGGCGCUCUCAGCCGGUGUGUUGGACAGACUCGGUGGUCGCUGUUCAGCGCGGGAUAACCCUUGCUCAGGACAGUCUCAAAUGGAGCCGGUGUAGUUGUUGUGUGCCGAUGUGUGACUACUAAAACCCAUUGUACAUAGAAAGCCAUUAAAUGGCUGGUCUAUCCCGAGCUAAUUCGGAUGUUUUCAAAUCAUGUCCUUAGGGCCGUUUACCAGCCAGUCCAUCCUCGCCGCGAUGUCUUGCGCAUUUGCUACGUUCCCCGAGAAACCCCAGGGUAGGGGGACCACCACUUCGAACAUUUUGUUCAAAAUUUAAAACGCUUAGUUAUCAGGUCAAAGUUGAGGUGUGUGAGUUUUGGACCCAUAAAGCACUGGAUCAGAGUUUAGACCUUAUUUAACUUCGUGUGCAAGUUUUGGACCCAUAAAGCACUGGAUCAGAGUUUAGGCGUUAUUUAACUCACUGCCUUCCACUGCAGACAUACACUAAUUGGCUUGUUAAGGCUGAAUAAAUUAUCGCAAGAACUUAAAAUAUUAUAACAAUGUAUUCAGAAUAGAACACAGGAUUCAAGGAUGACAAGUUUAUCCGUUCGGUCAGUUUAUGACCUCAUGGCCUCGUGAUGUCUUCUUACAUAUAGAUGCUAACUUACAUUCGAUUUUGCGCCUUCUUUGGCGAUGCAUGUCCCAUUUUACUGGCCACACCAUUCCCAACCGUCAAUUGUGGUGCACGUUCGCUUAAAUUCCGUUACCAGAUACGAGUUAUGGGGCAGAUCCAUGUGAAUGUCAAAUAUGGUGAAUGCAUUGUGUCACUGCAGGAUAGCCUAUAUGAGUAUGGAGAAAAAGCUCUCUUUCUACUCAGCUUUGCAACUGUAUGGAGCUCUUGUGAUGCCAGCUUCGACUUCCAUAGCCUUAUUCUUUCAGAUAACAGGACAAGUUGACGUUGAGCGUUAGACUCCUGACUGACCUAAUCCCUUAUGCGUGACUUAUGACCGAAACUGCCACGGGUGCGAGAAAUGCAUCACGCGUCAGCGAGCUUCAAUAUCUUCUUCAGGGGGUGUUGCAGACCGACGCCAUCUCUCUUCUCUGAUAAUAGACAGACUUGUGUAUGCGCAUCGCUUUGGUGCGCGGCGUAUCUGGCAGCCACGCUGGCAGGCCCGCUUUGGUGCGUGACACAUCUGGCAGCCACGCUGGCAGGCCCGCU